CCACGACCGACUGGCUGAACUUACUUAUUUCGCCUGCCCUCUCCCUAAGCUUCUCUACACUACAAUGGAAUCUCUGGUUAAGUGGUAA